AUGCCCAGGAACAGGGCUUUUUCGGAGCCCGAGUGCUCGGCCGAGUACUCCGCCGACUACUCGGUGAGCCUGCCGUCGGACCCCGAGCACGGCGUGGGUCGGACCCAUGAGGUGACGGUGCGCAGCUCGGGACCCUGCCUCUGCCUACCCCGCUUUAUGCGCCUCACCUUCGCUCCCGAGUCCCUGGAGAACCUCUACCAGACCUAUUUCCGCCGCCAACGCCACGAGACCCUCCUGGUGCUGGUGGUCUUCGCCGCCCUCUUCGACUGCUACGUCCUCGUCAUGUGCGCCGUGGUCUACACCGCCGACAAGCUGGCCCCGGUGCUGGCGGCGGCGGCCGGGCUGGCCGCCCACGUGCUGCUCUUCAUCCUCUGCAAGUACAGACUGCUCCCCGAGCGGGUGGCCCGCAGGUUCCUGCCCUACGUCCUUUGGGUCCUCAUCUUGGCCCAGAUCUUCUGCUACCUGGGUCUCAACUUCUCCCGCUCGCCCGAGGCCAGCGACACGGUGGGCUGGCAGGCUUUCUUCGUCUUCUCCUUCUUCAUCACGCUGCCGCUGCGCUUGGCGCCCAUCGUGCUCAUCACCGCCGUCUCCUGCGGCGUUCACACGCUGGUGCUCGGUGUCACCGUCGCCCAGCAGCGGCAGGACGCCCUGGAUGAGGGCACGCUGCUGAGACAGAUCCUGUCCAACGUUGCCAUCUACCUUUGCACCAUCACGGUGGGCACCAUGUCCUACUACAUGGCCGACCGCAAGCACCGCAAAGCCUUCCUCGAAGCACGCCAGUCCCUGGAGGUCAAGCUCAAUCUGGAGGAGCAGAGCCAGCAGCAGGAGCGGCUGAUGCUCUCCAUCCUGCCCAAGCACGUGGCCGAUGAGAUGCUGAAGGACAUGAAGAAGGACCCGAGCCAGAAGGAGAUGCAGCAGUUCAACACCAUGUACAUGUACCGCCAUGAGAACGUCAGCAUCCUCUUCGCAGACAUCGUGGGCUUCACUCAGCUCUCCUCGUCCUGCAGCGCCCAGGAGCUGGUGAAGCUCCUCAACGAGCUCUUCGCCCGCUUCGACAAGCUGGCAGCCAAAUACCACCAGCUGCGCAUCAAGAUCCUGGGCGACUGCUACUACUGCAUCUGCGGGCUGCCCGAGUACCGGGAGGACCACGCCGUCUGCUCCAUCAUGAUGGGGCUGGCCAUGGUGGAGGCCAUUUCCUACGUGCGGGAGAAGACCAAGACGGCGGUGGACAUGCGGGUGGGGGUCCACAGCGGGACGGUGCUGGGGGGCGUGCUGGGCCAGAAGCGCUGGCAGUAUGACGUGUGGUCCACCGAUGUCACCGUGGCCAACAAGAUGGAGGCGGGCGGCAUCCCUGGGCGGGUGCACAUCUCGCAGAGCACCAUGGAUUGCCUAAAGGGUGAGUUCGAGGUGGAGCCGGGUGAAGGUGGCUCACGCUGCGAGUACCUGAAGGAGAAGGGCAUCGUCACCUACCUCAUCGUGGUCCCCAAGCAGCCCCUCCGCAACGGCAUCAACGGGGUGGUGAGUGGUGGUGGCGGCGGUGCCUUGUCGCUGACCUCAUCCCAUGGCGGCUCCCCACCGUUGGUCAACACCAAGGAGCGCAACGGCAGCCUCAGCCUGGCCUGUGCCAGCCCCGAGGAGCCCAAGGAGCCCGAUGCCAGGGCAGUGAACCCCUCCUUCCCCAACCCUCGUCGGCGGCUGCGGCUGCGGGACCUGGCCGAGCGGGUGAUCGACGCCUCGCAGAACGAGCAGGAGCUCAACAAGCUGCUCAACGAAGCCUUGCUGGAGCGCGAGUCCGUCCAGGCGCUGAAGGGGAAGAGCACCUUCCGGCUCUCCAUGCGCUUCAUUGACCCCGAAAUGGAGACGCGCUACUCGGUGGAGAAGGAGAAGCAGAGCGGGGCCGCCUUCAGCUGCUCCUGCGUUGUCCUCUUCUUCACCGCCUUGGUGGAGGUCUUCAUUGACCCCUGGUUGGUGGCCAACUACGUGACCUUCGUGGUGGGGGAGAUCCUGCUGCUCAUCCUCACCCUCUGCUCGUUGGCUGCCAUCUUCCCCCGGGUCUUCCCCAAAAAGCUCGUGGCCUUCUCCACCUGGAUCGACAGGACCCGCUGGGCGCGCAACACCUGGGCCAUGGCUGCCAUCGUCAUUGUAACCGUCGCCGACAUCGUAGACAUGCUCAGCUGCCGGCACGACCAUGGCGGGAUGGGCAACAGGACAGUGGGGCCACCGCAGCCGGGCAGCUGCGGGGAGCAGCCCAAGUACUACAGCUACAUCGCCCUGUUGGCCUUGGUGGCCACCAUCAUGCUGGUGCAGGUCAGCCACAUGGUCAAGCUGACCCUCAUGGUGCUGAUCACCGGGGCCGCCGGCGCCGUCAACAUCUACGCCUGGGAGCACAUCUUCGACCAGUAUGACCGCCGCCGUGGCCGGCAAAGCACGUUGCCCACUGCCCACCCACGCCUCGCUGGCUCCGCCGGCAGGUCCUCGCUGGUCCCCUCCAAGUACUCCAUGACGGCAAUGAUCUUCAUUGUGAUGCUCAGCUUCUACUAUUUCUCUCGCCACGUGGAGAAGCUGGCCAGGACCCUCUUCCUCUGGAAGAUCGACGUCCACGACCAGAAAGAGCGGGUCUACGAGAUGCGGCGCUGGAACGAGGCCCUCGUCACCAACAUGCUGCCCGAGCAUGUGGCCCGGCACUUCCUGGGCUCCAAGAAGCGGGAUGAGGAGCUGUACAGCCAGUCCUAUGACGAGAUUGGUGUCAUGUUCGCCUCCCUCCCCAACUUUGCCGACUUCUACACGGAGGAGAGCAUCAACAACGGGGGCAUUGAGUGCUUGCGGUUCCUCAACGAGAUCAUCUCCGACUUUGACGCGCUCCUGGACGAACCCCAAUUCCGGUGCAUCACCAAAAUCAAAACUAUCGGCAGCACCUACAUGGCCGCUUCUGGAGUGACCCCCGAUGCCAACACCAAUGGCUACAGCACCAAGAAGGAGACCCUCUCGGAUAAAGAGCGCUGGCAGCACUUGGCCGACCUGGCCGACUUUGCCUUAGCCAUGAAGGUGACGCUGAUGAACAUCAACUACCAGUCCUUCAACAACUUCAUGCUCCGCAUAGGCAUGAACAAGGGGGCUGUGCUGGCGGGCGUCAUCGGCGCCCGCAAACCGCACUACGACAUCUGGGGCAACACGGUGAACGUGGCCAGCAGGAUGGAGUCCACCGGCGUGAUGGGGAACAUACAGGUGGUGGAGGAGACCCACCUCAUCCUAAAGGAGUACGGCUUCCGCUUCGUGCGCCGGGGAGCCAUCUACGUCAAGGGCAAAGGGGAGCUGCUCACCUUCUUCCUCAAGGGCCGGGAGAAGCAGGGCUCCUUUGUCAACGGCUCCUCCGUCACCCUGCCCCAUCAGGUGGUGGACAGCUCGUGA